CCGGUGCUGACGGGAACCAAGAUGGCGGCGGCCGCCUCCGACCUGCUGACGGGAUGGUGCCUCUUCGGCUUGGCGCUGCUGGCUAUCCUAGUUUUCUGCUGGGUUUAUGUGCGAAAGUAUCAGAGCCGGCGGGAAAGUGAGGUGAUUUCUACCAUCACAGCCAUCUUCGCCUUGGCGGUCGCUCUUAUCUCAUCAGCGCUGCUUCCAGUGGACAUCUUCUUGGUUUCGUAUAUGAAAAAUCCCAACGGCACGUUUAAGCCUUACUUUCAAGGGACAACCUAGGUCCUGCCAGAUCCUGGAUAAUGGUUCAAAACUAGCUUGCUGCCAGUACAGUGCCUUUUGGCUGGUGCUCACAGAAUUGCAAGUCAUAAGAAGCCUA